AUGGCUAUGAGCGAAUCAGCUGAAAAACUACCUGAAGAUAUCAUAUUUGACACACUUACCCGCCUGCCCGCAAAGUCCAUUGGUCAAUUUAGGUGCAUAUCAAAGCAGUGGUGCUCUUCUCUUUCAGACCCAAAAUUCAUCAAAGCUCACCUCACUUUUCAUUCCCACAAACAUGAUGAAGUUAAGCCCAUUCUUAUCUCUCAUGUUUCUCGUUCUCUGCACACUGUCACCUUUAAACACGACACCCAUAAUCCCAUUGAUGCAAUUUCAAGAAAGCUUAAUUUGUCGGACAACAUGUGGCAGAGAGUUGUUGGCUCAUGUAAUGGCUUGGUCUUGGUAUUGAAUGAGGAAGAUGAUAUAUUUUUAAUCAACCCCUCAACCUUAGAGUAUCGUGGAAUUCCAAACUCUCGUUUGGCUCUUCCUAAGCAUGGUACCUCUAGCACGUAUGCUCUAGGAUAUGAUGUUGUUAGUGAUGAUUAUAAGUUGGUUACUCUUUCUCAUUACGAGGGUGUAAGCGAAGGUGAUCUUUUUUGCACUUAUGCUGAUGUCUACUCUUUGAGAAUGGGUUUAUGGAGGAGACUUGAGAGUUUAUCUCAUCAUGGUGGCCUAUACACGGUUUUGGGGUUUUUGUACAUGGGCUUUGCAUUGGUGCCAAUACCUACUAUUCUUGAUGACGAUCAUUUGCACUUUUCUGAUUUUGUGACUCUUAGAGGGUGUAUUUAUAUGUUAGCUAAUACAACUGAUCAAGACAAAAAUGAUGUUUGGAUGAUGAAAGAAUAUGGUUUUGCGGGGUCUUGGACCAAAUUUAGUGUUACACAACAGUCUUCCAUUAGUGGUUUCACACCAAUUUGCUUUAUGAGUGAUGAUAAUAUCGUAUUGGAUGCGUCUGGAAAAGAGAAGUUGUUUAUCUACAAUAAGAAAGAGGAACAUUGGAGAGAGAUGAAUGUUGAUGGAAUAAAUGCUAGAACUUUCAUGGAGAGUUUUGUCUCUCCUAUGAUUGGCAAGGGAACUGAGGGUGAUGCUUCGCCCAAAGAGGCUCCCUUGAAGAGGCCUAGAAGAUCCGGACCAUCUUCGGAUAUUGAGGCCGAACAAAGAGCAGAGUCGGCCCCCGAUACCGAGGCUACAAUGGCUACCAGCCCACUGCCCGAUGGUGACCAAGCUACUACAUCCGAGGCACCUGCUUAUACCGAGGCUGCUGGAGCUGUUCCGGCUUCUCCUAAUCCUGCACCGAAGUCCGAUAACCUGGACGAGAUAUCCGUCCUGCAACCGGGGAAGCAGCUGGGUUCGGACAUCUUCCUAUUCCUCGAGCCACGAGGGUAG